AGUAACGUUUGUGAACUGCAUUGCGGCGGGCCUUAGCUCGCCUGCUGGCCGUGGAGUCUCUUCUCUCCUCACUCACCCACCCACCCACUCUAACACACACGCACACACACCUAUGCGACUCAUCACGCAUCCUAGCUGCAGAGUGGUUGGUGCUGGCCUCUUCCCCAGCUCCGUUGGUUCCCCGCUGUCCCAAGCGCAUCGCCGCGUCUCCAUCGCCGGUGGUGGCCGGGGGGACCUGUUUAAGCGCCACGCCGCGCAGUACAAAGCUCCGUGGGCCGGUGCGGCUCGCGGCAUCCGCCACCUGUCCGAGUCGACCGAGCCGCAAGACGGGCAGCUGCACAUCCGCAAGCUACGAAGCCACAUCGCGUAUGAUCACAAGUACUCGGGCGGUGGUCAUCAUCGCCCUGCCAUCGCAGCUUGGUCGUACAUAGUCCCUUCGCUGCGUAAGAAUGUGGAGGUUGCCUGCACAGAUGUGUUGUACAACACGCUGCUCGCGGGGGAGGUGGCUUUGUCGACGCCGCAGCAGCAGCAGCUGAGAGAGGCGCAGAAUCUUUUCCGCUUCGAACUGCAGCAGCGCAUAGGUCUUCUGGAGGACAGUCUGGCGGAGGCGGAGCUGUCGUAUCUGAUCCAGUGGCCGUCCCUGUUCCAGCGUGUAUGGCUGCGCCUUCCUGUGCAUCUGUCAAAGCCGGGGGAAGGUGCGGCUGAGUAUGCAUCCAACAGCACCAGCAUUGCUGUUGCCUUUUCUGCUUCGUCUUGCUCGUCCUUAGCACCGUCGUCCGCAGCUCCCCUGCCCAUCUCCACCACAGUCUGGGCAUCGACCACGUCUUCCGUCGCCUCAACGCUUCCUGCCACGGCGACAGCAACAGGAAGGGCCCCGUCGUCUGCGGGUCCAGACCGCACCGGCUCGUCGUUUCAGUCCCGCCUGGACCGUCUUACGCGACACGUGGUUGAAUUUGUGGAGGGUGAACUGAAGGCGCUAGAGAUGGCCGCCCCUUCACGAGAAGACGGAGCGCCGCGCAGCAGGCGUCAGGUCGCGCUCGAGGCGGCGUGGCGCGCGCAGUGGCGGUCCGCCGUGCAAUGGCAUUUGGACGAGCUCCAAUAA